AGGAGCUUCCUCCUACAAAGCCUCUCCUUCACUCCUCUGUUGUACGGUCUGGUUCUUUUCUCUCCUUUUCUUCCUCCCUCAUAUUCUCUGCCCAUUAAUUUCGAUCUUCCUCCCAUUUUUUAUCCUCAACUAACAUUCCUCAUUUAAAUUGGGAAUUGGAAUGAUCCUGCCAGAAUUCACAAAGCCGACUUUGAUUCCCCCGCAGAGACGGCUUCCGGCAACGCAAUGGCGGCGCCCAAUUCCGAUCCCAACAUGUCCUCCUCCUCCGCCGGCGAAGACGAAUUCAACAACCGCAACAGCAGCUACUCCGGCUUCGAGGCCAGCCGCCUCAGCGGCGAGGGCUCUCCCAUGAUGAUGUCGCCGUGGAACCAGAGCACCGCCUUCACCAAAACCCCCUGGGCCGACGGCGACGGCAAUGCCUCCCAGAAGCUCCCCCUCAACGGCCUCGUCGGAUCCCUCGUCCGGGAGGAGGGCCACAUCUAUUCCCUCGCCGCCCGCGACGGGAUUCUCUACACCGGCUCCGACAGCAAGAACAUCCGGGUCUGGAAGGAGAUGAAGGAAUUCGGGGCUUUCAAAUCAAACAGUGGGCUUGUUAAGGCGAUUAUAAUCUCCGGCGACAAGAUCUUCACCGGCCACCAGGACGGCAAGGUCCGGGUCUGGAAGGUGAACCCCAAGAACCCAUCCGUCCACAAACGGGCCGGGACUUUCCCGACGUUCUUCGACAUAUUUAAGGCGUCGAUCAAGCCGAGCAACUACGUCGAGGUGAAGCGGAACCGCACCGCCCUCUGGAUUAAGCACUGCGAUGCCAUUUCUUGCCUGAGCAUGGAGCCGGAGGCAGGGCUUUUGUACUCUGCUUCCUGGGACAGGACAUUUAAGGUGUGGAGGGCAGGGAACUCGAAAUGCCUCGAAUCCGUCAAGGCCCACGACGACGCCGUCAACUCCGUCGUGGCGAGCUCCGGCGGGAUGGUCUACACCGGCUCCGCCGAUGGGACCGUCAAGGUAUGGAGGAGAGAAUCCACUGGAAAAGGGGUCAAACAUAUCUCCGUUCAGACACUCCUAAGUCAAGAGUGCGCGGUGACAGCGUUAGCCGUAAACAAAUCCGGGUCGGUUCUGUACUGCGGGUCGUCAGACGGGGUGGUGAAUUUCUGGGAGAGGGAGAAAGAGAUGUCACACGGUGGGGUCCUCAAGGGACACAAAUUAGCCGUGCUAUGCCUUGCAGCAGCGGGGAACACUGUGUUCAGUGGAUCAGCAGAUAAGACCAUUUGCGUGUGGAAGAGAGAAGGGUCGGUCCACACUUGUCUAUCGAUCUUGACGGGCCAUAACGGGCCCGUCAAGUGUUUAGCUGUGACCGAAGACAAGGAAUCGAGCGAGAGUGAUCAAAGGUGGAUUGUUUAUAGUGGGAGCCUUGACAAGUCAGUGAAAGUGUGGAGUGUCUCGGAAAUGUCAUUAGAUAUGCCGAUACGCCCCAAUGCAGACUCGGCUUGGGAUUCAAUUCCAUCUGCCAAGUAUUGAUCCAUUUGAUUAUAUUUAUCAUCACAUUUGAGUGAACUACCAAAUAGAUGGAUGACUCGUUAGACAAGUAAACUUGCCCUUACAUAGAGUGAGAUUAUUAUUUUGGAGUAUAACCUUACUUAUUGUUGGGUAAGGAUGGCUGGAAUGUUCUUAUGAUUGAAAUUUAUAUAUAGAUAUGUAUGUUGUAUAAUUUUGUAAACUGAUAUAUGGCUUAUGGCUACUACUUUUAAGUUAUUGAGUUUUUGCUUGUGAAAAUACAACAUUAUGUAUUAUUUGCAAA